AUGCUGGACUAUCUAGUCAAAAUCAGUGAAGAAAGUUGUCGUCUCAUGAAGCAAGAGUUUAAUUUCCUUUUAGAAGCCAUUGACCAAAAGCUGCAAGACUUGCAGCAAAAAUCAGAAAGUUGUGAACCUUCUAGAGACAAGACAGUAGAGGACAGCAUCCAAGAGGAUAGCAAUGAUGAAGGAGAUCUCAUGGACACAGAAGACGAAGAAGAAGAAAUCGAGUCUGAAACCGAGGAAGAUCGUGUCUUUAUUGACCGUGACGUAGAAGAACAAGGUGCCUCGUUUUACAGGGCCAUAGAUCGAGAACAAGAGGAUCAGAGUGAGAAUGAUCACGAGUGUGCGUAUGACAAACCAGAGGACAACAGCCCAGAACCUAAGAAGAAAAAAGUGCACCCUUUAGAGAAAUUAGGAGAUCGUUUCCAAAAAUACCUACAAGAACUUCCUGUCCUGGGCUCCAAUUCUGGUAAAUAUGACUUGAAUGCCGUCCUACUCCAGAAUGAAGGCGUUAAUUUUACUAUCAAACAGAACCAUAAUUUCAUGUGCCUAAAGACUCCACAUCUCCGCUUUUUUGAUGUCACCAACUUUCUGGCUCCCGGUUUCAGCUACAAGUUUCUCAAAGCCUACGAGUGUCCUUAA